AUGGGUCUUAAGAAGCUCAGUCUUGGUACAAUUGAUGUAAAUGGGAAACGUGUGCUGAUAAGAAUUGUUGCAGCUAUCCCCACUAUUAAACAUGUCUUGGAUAAAGGGGCCAAGAGUGUUGUAUUAAUGUCUCACCUUGGUCGGCCCGACGGCACUAAGGUCGAAAAGUAUUCCCUCGGACCAGUAUGUCCAGAGGUUUCCAAACUCCUUGGAAGAGAAGUACGAUUUCUUCCAGAUUGCGUCGGUCCUACCGUCGAAAGUUCGUGCGAAAAUCCUGCACCAGGAAGUGUAUUUCUAUUGGAGAAUCUACGCUUCCAUGUGGAGGAAGAAGGUAAGGGAAUUAAAGCCAAGCCAGAGGAUGUCAAGUCGUUCCAGGAAAGUUUAACAAAACUAGGAGACAUUUACGUUAAUGAUGCCUUUGGAACAGCGCAUAGGGCACACUCCUUUCAGAUAUCAUUGACUCCUUCUAAGAUCUCAUUUGUUUGCUUCUUUAGUUCGAUGGUUGGAUGCAAACUUCCUUUGCGGGCCUGUGGGUUCUUGAUGGAAAAAGAGCUGACCUACUUUGCUAAGGCUUUAGAGAAUCCUGUU